UAUGUCAAUCAAAGCAUACAAUUACAGGCAAUAAACUCAAUAUGCUUCUCUGGGAUGAUGCGGGAGGUUUACCCAAACCCUAUCCUUUAUUGGUAAAGGGAAAAUACUUAUCGAGGGUAAAGAUAUUGCUUUGCUGGGGUAUGGUUCCAUGGUACAAAAUUGUCUUAGAGCUCAUUCCCUUCUUUCCAAGCUUGGUGUCGAUGUUACUGUUGCUGAUGCAAGAUUUUGCAAGCCACUUGAUAUAAACCUUGUGAGGAUGUUAUGCAAGAAUCACGCCUUCUUGAUUACAGUAGAGGAAGGUUCAAUUGGAGGAUUUGGAGCACAUGUUGCUCAAUUCAUUUCACUUGAUGGGCAACUUGAUGCUGGAAUCAAGUGGCGCCCAAUCACUUUGCCCGACAACUACAUUGAGGGUGCAGUACCUAAGGAUCAACUUGCUCUUGCAGGGUUGAGUGGGAAUCAUAUUGCUGCUACAGCAUUGAGUUUGCUUGGGCGCACUCGUGAUGCUCUUCUCAUAAUGUGCUAGAAUUCAAUUCCCUGAAUGGAAUGCCGGAAAGAGUGAAACCAGAUUGUAGAAGAUAGCAUGGGCUAUACAUCAUUCUUCAUUGCGAAAAGAUAGAACAGACUUGUAAUUUUCAAGUACUCUCAGCUUCUCAGAUAGUUUCCUCAAGGUCUAAGCUUCUUAAAAUGUGUCAUCAAGGUCGUAGCCAAGUUGAUGAUAGAGAGUUAACAUGGUGGUGAGAUUUUCUGGACUCUUGUUGAAAGUAUAUGCUUCUUUUCUCGUGGAACAUUCAAUCAGGUUGGAACUAGUAUUAAUCAACUUGGAGUUUGCAAUUUUUACAGAACUUUUGACAGUAUGAAAAUGGUGGCUCAGUGAGCCAUAUCCUUAAAUUUGUCUAUUCAAUGUAAUUCAUUGACUUAAUAUAAACAUUUUAAGUUGUCAUAUUUGACUA